AUGGAAACGGAAGCUGAAAUGGGCAGUGAACAGUUUAUCCAAGAAACGACUCCGUUUUCCAUUCAAAUUGCUAUUUUUGAUGUGGUCCUCGAAGUUUUGAACUUCUUCAACAAUGCUAGGCCUAAGGCUCUAGGAUCUAGUAUGAUCGUCAAACGUAAUAGACUUAGGUCUGGUAUAGCUGCUAGAUUCAAGGCUCUCGGGUCUAGUAUAACCAAGCUCAAUUUGAGAACAAACGGUUUUUUUUAUGCCACGAGUCCAAUUCAGAAUUUCGAGCUGCAUUCUCGCCAUCUCGUGGAGCCUGACCUCUCAAUUCAAAUGAGGCUACAGAACGCGAUGGAGGUGUGGGAUAGUCUCGAGAUUGCUCAUACUGCGGGGUAUUUGAAUUUCCUUAAGUGUUACUUCAGGGCAUUUUCGAUUAUUCUGUUACAAAUUACAAAACCGCAGUUUGUAGAUAAUCCUGAGCAUAAGUUACGGAACAUUGUGGUGGAGAUUCUGAAUCGUUUACCGCAUAGUGAGGUUCUUCGGCCUUUUGUUCAGGAUCUUUUGAAAGUUGCAAUGCAAGUGCUUACCACGGAUAAUGAAGAAAAUGGGUUGAUAUGCAUUCGUAUAAUUUUUGAUCUUCUUAGAAAUUUUAGGCCAACAUUAGAAAAUGAGGUUCAGCCAUUUUUAGAUUUUGUAUGUAAGAUUUACCAGAAUUUUAGAAUGACUAUUAGCCAUUUAUUUGAUAACACAAGCGUGGCUGUAGAUGAUGUUAAGCCAAUGGAAAUUUCUACAUCUUCAGACCAAGGGCUUUUGAGUGCUGGACAUGUUGGGAAUGGCCAGCUUAAUCCUAGUACUCGUUCAUUUAAGAUAGUUACCGAGAGUCCACUUGUGGUUAUUUUUCUGUUCCAAUUGUAUAGCCGACUUGUACAGACUAAUAUUCCUCACUUGUUGCCUUUGAUGGUUGCUGCAAUAUCUGUCCCGGGCCCUGACAAGGUUCCUCCCCGUUUGAAAACUAACUUCAUUGAGCUGAAGAGUGCACAGGUUAAGACAGUUUCCUUCUUAACAUACCUGUUGAAGAGUUUUGCCGACUAUAUCAGGCCACAUGAAGAAAGUAUAUGUAAAAGCAUUGUGAAUCUGCUUGUUAUCUCAGACUCUGUAUACAUUAGAAAGGAGCUGCUAGUUGCCUUGAAGCAUGUUCUGGGGACAGAUUUCAAGAGGGGUUUAUUUCCUUUAAUUGACACACUUUUAGAAGAGAGGGUUCUAGUUGGAACUGGUCGGGCAUGCUAUGAAACUCUGAGGCCAUUGGCAUAUAGCCUACUUGCAGAGGUUGUUCAUCAUGUCCGGAGUGACCUUUCCUUAUCACAGUUGUCACGGAUUAUUUACCUGUUCUCAAGUAACAUGCAUGAUGCUUCACUGUCGCUCAGCAUCCAUACUACCUGUGCCCGGCUAAUGUUGAAUCUGGUAGAGCCAAUUUUUGAGAAAGGUGUGGACCAAUCAACCAUGGAUGAAGCUCGUAUUUUACUGGGGCGUAUUUUGGAUGCUUUUGUUGGCAAAUUUAGCACUUUCAAGCGCAUCAUUCCACAGCUGUUGGAAGAGGGUAAGGAGGGAAGGGAGCAUGCUACAAUGAGGUCAAAGCUUGAACUCCCUGUGCAGGCAGUUUUGAAUCUGCAAGUUCCAGUGGAACAUUCCAAGGAAGUCAGUGAUUGUAAGAAUCUGAUCAAGACCUUAGUUAUGGGAAUGAAGACUAUUAUAUGGAGCAUCACUCACGCACAUUUGCCAAGAUCACAGGUUUCUCCUUCAACACAUGGAACACACUCUCAAGUGCUUGUUUCACUGCCAUCUAACUUACCAUCUCCUCAAGCAUUCAAAGGGAUGAGAGAAGAUGAGGUGGGGAAAGCAUCAAGUGUCCUGAAGAGUGGGGUGCAUUGUUUAGCUCUCUUUAAGGAGAAGGAUGAGGAGAGGGACAUGCUUAAUCUCUUCUCCCAGAUACUGUGUAUUAUGGAACCUCGAGACCUUAUGGACAUGUUCUCAUUGUGCAUGCCUGAACUUUUUGAAUGCAUGGUUAGCAAUACUCAACUGGUUCACAUAUUUUCUUUGCUCUUGCAAUCUUCGAAAGUAUAUCGGCCAUUUGCAGAUGCCUUGGUUAACUUUCUCGUAAGCAGGAAACUUGAUGUUUUGAAGAACCCAGAUUCACCUGCAGCAAAACUGGUUUUGCACCUCUUUCGGUUUAUAUUAGGUGCUGUUGCUAAAGCACCAGCAGAUUUUGAACGUGUUUUGCAGCCUCAUGCCCUUCUUAUUAUGGAAGUUUGCAUGAAGAAUGCUACUGAAGUUGAAAGACCUCUUGGUUAUAUGCAGCUUCUUCGAACAAUGUUUAGGGCACUUGCUGGAUGUAAAUUCGAGCUUCUUCUCCGGGACCUGAUUCCAAUGUUACAGCCCUGCCUGAAUAUGUUAUUAACAAUGCUCGAGGGCCCAACUGUUGAAGAUAUGAGGGACCUUUUACUUGAACUAUGCUUAACAUUGCCUGCACGCUUAAGCUCAUUGCUGCCACACCUUCCUCAUCUUAUGAGACCUCUUGUUUUUUGUCUAAAGGGAAGUGAUGACCUAGUGAGUUUAGGUUUAAGAACACUUGAAUUUUGGAUAGAUAGUUUGAAUCCUGAUUUCCUGGAACCCAGUAUGGCUAUUGUGAUGUCAGAGGUGAUUUUAUCCUUAUGGUCUCACUUGAGGCCUGCACCCAAUCCAUGGGGUGGAAAAGCUGUGCAAAUCCUUGGCAAGUUAGGUGGCCACAACAGACGUUUUGUUAAAGAGUCCCUUGCACUUGAGUGCAAGGAUAACCCAGAGCACGGGCUUCGUCUGAUACUUACAUUUGAGCCAUCAACUCCAUUUUUGGUGCCUUUGGAUAGAUGCAUUAAUCUUGCUGUAACAGCUGUCAUAAACAAAAACAGUGGCAUGGAUGCUUUUUACCGAAAACAGGCUUUGAUGUUCCUCCGCAUUUGCUUAUCAUCUCAACUUAAUUUGCCUGGUAAUGUUUCUGAUGAGGGAUAUACAGCCAGACAGUUGUCAACCUUGUUAGUUUCUGCUGUUGAUUCAUCCUGGCAUAGGUCUGAGACAUCAGAUAUAAAGGGUCAGCGAACUGAUCCAGAUUCCACAGUCUCUUCUUCUCGUCAAGGUGCAGAUCUUGUAGCAGUCAUCUCUAAUCUAAAAUCUGUGCUGAAGCUUGUUAGCGAAAAAGUGAUGGCUGUUCCUGACUGCAAACGAUCUGCAACUCAAGUCUUGAAUUCAUCGCUUUCAGAGAAAGGCACUGAUUCCAGUGUGCUUCUUUGCAUACUAGAUGUGAUAAAAGGGUGGAUUGAAGAUGAUUUAUGCAAACCAGGAAGAGUCACAUCAAGUGGUUUUAUCAGUCAUAAGGAAAUAGUCUCUUUUCUUCAAAAGCUUUCACAAGUUGAUAAGCAAAACCUCAGCCCUGAUUCUCUUGAAGAGUGGGACAGGAAAUAUCUUCAGCUUCUUUAUGGAAUUUGUGCUGAUUCAAAAUAUCCAUUGGCCCUACGGCAGGAGGUGUUUCAGAAGGUGGAAAGGCAAUGCAUGCUUGGAUUACGAGCAAGAGAUCCUGACAUUAGGAAGAAAUUCUUUUUGCUUUAUCAUAAACCUCUUGGGAAAUCAUUGUUUACAAGGCUGCAGUAUAUUAUCCAAGUUCAGGACUGGGAAGCUUUGGGUGAUGUUUUCUGGCUCAAACAGGGUCUUGAUCUUCUUCUGGCAAUCUUAGUUGAGGACAAACCAAUCACACUUGCCCCUAAUUCUGCCAGGGUUCAGCCAAUUGUGGUCUCGAGUUCUGUUCCAGAUAGUUCUGGGAUGCUGCAACAGGUUGCUGAUGUUCCAGAUGGUUCUGAGGAAGCUCCUCUCACUUUUGACGGUCUUGUUCUUAAGCAUGCCCAGUUUCUAAAUGAGAUGAACAAACUUCAGGUGGCUGAUCUGGUUAUUCCAUUAAGAGAGUUGGCCCAUACAGAUGCAAAUGUCGCAUACCAUCUGUGGUUGCUGGUAUUUCCCAUUGUCUGGGUGACCCUGCACAAAGAAGAACAAGUUACAUUAGCAAAACCAAUGAUUACGCUCUUAUCAAAAGAUUAUCACAAGAAGCAGCAAGCCAGCAGACCAAAUGUGGUGCAAGCACUUCUAGAAGGCCUUCAGUUGAGCCACCCACAACCUCGGAUGCCAAGUGAACUCAUUAAGUACAUUGGAAAAACAUAUAAUGCAUGGCACAUUGCCUUGGCUUUGUUAGAAAGUCAUGCCAUGCUAUUCAUGAAUCAGACAGAUUGUUCUGAGUCUCUGGCUGAGCUUUAUCGUUUGCUCAAUGAAGAAGAUAUGAGAUGUGGGCUGUGGAAAAAGAGGUCAAUCACUGCAGAAACCAGAGCUGGACUUUCACUAGUUCAGCAUGGUUACUGGCAGCGUGCUCAAAGCCUCUUUUACGAGGCCAUGGUUAAGGCAACUCAAGGCACAUACAAUAACAUGGUCCCUAAGGCUGAGAUGUGUCUCUGGGAAGAGCAGUGGCUUUACUGUGCAAGUCAAUUGAGUCAGUGGGAUGGAUUGGUUGAUUUUGGUAAAAGUAUUGACAAUUAUGAAAUUCUUCUUGAUAGCCUCUGGAAAUUUCCUGAUUGGGCAUAUAUGAAGGAUCAUGUCAUCCCCAAGGCUCAAGUAGAAGAAACUCCAAAACUUCGUCUAAUUCAAGCCUUUUUUGCUCUUCAUGAUAGAAAUACAAGGCUUUACACUGUGAGUCUAGAUAAUACUUCAGUUUCAAUAUUUUCCUUUCCCUUCCUAUAAUCAAUUUCAAAAUCAUGCCUUAUUAGCUUAACUAGCCAUAAAUGUUAAAGAAGAGUUACCUUUUGGUCCAAUAA